AUGAAUCUGUCUCUUUUACUUGCCUUCAGUGCUCUCAUGCUACUUGAAGUUUCGUGCUUGUUCUUUGCUCAAGGCAGGUUUUCAAAUGAGACUGACAUGAAAGCUCUUCUUGAGUUCAAGUCUCAAGUUGCUGAAAACAAGAGAGAGGUCCUGGCCUCAUGGAAUAACUCCUCUCCACUCUGCAUUUGGAUUGGGGUUACAUGUGGCCGCAAGCAAGAAAGAGUUAUCAGUCUGGACCUUGGAGGGUUUAAACUCGCCGGUGCGAUCUCUCCCUCCAUUGGUAAUCUCUCGUUUCUCAGAUCACUUAAUCUUGCAGACAACUCUUUUGGAAGUAACAUUCCUCAAGAGGUGGGAAUGCUAUUUAGGCUGCAGUUCUUGAACAUGAGCUUUAACCUUCUCCAAGGAAGGAUUCCGCUCAGUCUUUCUUACUGCUCUAGACUUUCGACCCUCGAUUUAUCCUCAAACGGUCUUGAACAUAGCGUCCCUUCAGAACUAGGUUCGCUUUCUAAGCUAGCCAUUCUGUGUCUUGAUAGAAACAACCUUACCGGAAAGUUUCCUGCAUCUUUAGGAAACUUGACGUCACUGCAGAAGCUUGACUUUGCAUAUAACCAUAUGGAAGGAGAGAUUCCAGAGGAUGUAGCUAGAUUGACUCAAAUGGUGUAUUUCCAAAUAUCACUGAAUAGUUUUUCAGGUGUUUUUCCUCCUGCGUUAUACAACAUGUCCUUACUGGAGUCUUUAUCCCUAGCUGACAAUAGAUUUUCGGGUGAGCUUAGAGCUGAUUUUGGUGAUCAACUACCAAACUUAAGAAGGCUUCUUUUGGGAUCAAAUAAUUUCACCGGAGCUAUUCCAAUAACACUAGCCAAUAUGUCUAGCCUUGGAAGGUUUGAUAUUGCAGAGAAUUCCCUGACAGGAAGUAUCCCUUUGAGUCUUGGGAAAUUACCUAAUCUGUGGUGGUUUGUGAUUCGUAACAACUCCCUGGGAAAUAACUCGUCCAGUGAUCUUGAAUUUAUUAGUGCUUUGGCUAACUGCACUCAGUUAGAGAAAAUAGAUGCUGGUUACAAUAGGUUUGGAGGUGAGCUUCCUGCCUCCACAGCCAAUCUAUCCACCAAACUAACUGGUCUCUAUCUUGGAGGAAACCUCAUCUCUGGAGCCAUUCCUCGUAACAUCGGGAAUCUCAUAAGCCUGCAAGCUCUUAGUUUAGAGACAAAUAUGUUGACAGGAGAACUCCCAGUCUCUUUCGGGAAGCUUUUGGAAUUGCAGGUGAUUGAUCUGUAUUCAAAUGCAUUAUCGGGGGAGUUACCUUCUUAUUUUGACAACAUGACUCGGUUGCAAGAGAUCCAUUUGAACAGCAAUAGUUUCCACGGAAGAAUACCUCAGAGUCUUGGACGUUGUCGAAACUUGCUUGACCUAUGGAUUGAUACAAAUCAGUUGAAUGGGACUAUAUCACAGGAAAUAGUGGAAAUUCCAACCCUUGCUUACUUAGAUUUGUCAAACAAUCUCUUGACUGGCCCUUUUCCUGAAGAAGUUGGAAAGUUGGAGCUUCUUGUUGGACUAGGUGCUUCCAACAACAAAUUAUCAGGGAACAUCCCACAAACUCUAGGGGAUUGUCUCGCAGUGGAGUUCCUCUAUCUCCAAGGAAAUUCGUUUGACGGAGCCAUUCCAGAUAUAAGUCGGUUGGUAAGCAUAAGAAAUGUUGACUUCUCCAACAACAGUCUCUCUGGCCGCAUACCCCAAUAUCUGGCCAAUUUUCCUUUGCUGCAAAAACUGAAUCUCUCUAUGAAUAACUUCGAGGGAAGUGUGCGAACAAAAGGAUUGUUUCGAAAUGCUACAUCAGUUUCUGUCUUUGGAAACAAAAAUUUAUGCGGAGGCAUCAGAGAAAUGCAACUAAAGCCAUGCGUUGUGCACGCAUCACCAAGGCCGAGGAAACAUCUCUCACUUGAAAAGAAGGUUGCCAUUGGUAUUGGUACAGGUAUGGCCUCACUUUUUCUGUUUAUAAUUGUGGCUUCUCUGUGUUGGUUCAAGAAGAGGAGGAAUAAGAAGAAGAACAGUGCCAAUGGUAGUAACCCAUCUGAUUCUUCUACUUUGGGGAUCUUCUUUGAGAAGAUAAGUUAUGAAGAGCUUUACAAUGCAACAAAUGGCUUCUCAUCAAGCAAUCUGAUUGGUUCAGGCAACUUUGGUGAUGUGUUUAAAGGACUGAUUGUCUCUGAUGAUAAACUCGUCGCUGUUAAAGUUCUGAACCUGCUGAAGCAUGGAGCAACGAAAAGCUUUAUGGCCGAAUGCGAAACUUUCAAGAGUAUGAGGCAUCGUAACCUUGUGAAACUGCUAACGGUUUGUUCAAGCCUCGAUUCUCUAGGAACCGAAUUCAGAGCUCUGGUCUAUGAGUUCAUGCCAAAAGGAAGUCUGGAUAUGUGGCUGCAUCCAGAAGAUCUGGAAAGGACAAACGAGGAGUCGAGAAGUUUAACAGUUCCAGAGAAACUCAACAUAGCAAUAGAUGUGGCGUCCGCUCUGGAGUAUCUGCAUGUUCAUUGUCACGAACCUGUAGCUCACUGUGAUGUUAAGCCAAGCAACGUUCUUCUGGACGAUGAUCUGACUGCUAAUGUUAGUGACUUUGGUUUGGCUCGGCUCCUCUAUAAAUUCGAUCCAGAGUCCUUCCUAAACCAGUUUAGCUCUGCUGGUGUUAGAGGCACCAUUGGCUUUGCCGCACCAGAAUAUGGAAUGGGAGGCCAACCAUCAAUACAAGGAGAUGCGUACAGCUUUGGAGUUCUACUUUUGGAGAUGUUCACUGGAAAAAAACCUACAGACGAAUCAUUCGGAGGCGAUGAUAACCUCCACAGCAACACAAAGUUGCUAUUGUCGAGAGAUGAGGAGGAGGAGGGUGGAGGUAGGAGCGCCAUUGAUAAGUGGUUGAGACUGGUUUUGCAGGUGGGAAUAAGAUGUUCUGAAGAUGAUCCAAGGGAUCGGAUGAGAAUAGCUGAUGCAAGACUCGAACUAAUCUCAAUCAGAUCUAAGUUCUUCGGCCAUCGAAACAGAACACCAUUGUGA